UGGGAUUUUAUUAUUAUUUCUUCCCUAUCUUUGCUUUUUUAAAUUCAAACCAUGUAUAACAUUUGCAUCAAAAGAAUGGAAACUCAUGUUCUGUGUUGCAAUUCAAUUCUCUCCAUAUAAUAAGAUAAGAUCUCCAUGUAUACUUUCUUCAUCAACACCAGCUAGCUCCAUAAGAUAAAGAUCUCAGAACUUUGAAACAUACCCUUUUUCCAAGAACCAGAACCUCAAUCUCAGAGCUUGUGACUUGUUUGUUCCAAUGAGCAUGUUAGGCCUUAGAGACUUAGUGCUCAUAGCUCAAACACCUUCCCUGCACCAAGGCCAACCCAUCUCAGAAAACCAAACUCCCAACCUUCCUCUUCCUUCUUCAGCCGCUCUCAGUGUUGGCUUUGGCAUUUUCCCUCUCCUCACUGCCACACCCUGUGUGCCACACCCUCACCAAACCAAUGAGAUUCAAGACUGUGGUGCUGCUGCUGGUGGCAACACCACCACCACCAACUAUUGGAACCUCAAGAUGUGCCCAGAAGUGAAUCCUCCGAAGAAGGGUGUGAUCAACAUGGAUGAUGACGAGGAGGAGGAUGACGAGAGACAUCAUCACCAUAAGGGUAUGAUGGAGAGCGAAGAAAAUGGAAUUUAUGGACCUGACUUCCGAGUGUGUCAAGAUUGUGGCAACAGGGCCAAAAAAGAUUGCAUCUUUAGAAGAUGCAGGACUUGUUGCAAGGGACGCGGAUACGAUUGCAGCACUCAUGUGAAGAGCACGUGGGUCCCUUCAAUUCGCCGCCGGGAGCGGGAAAUGGUGGUGGCUCCCGCCGGAGGCGUUGGUGGUGGCAGUAAGAGGCCAAGAGCUAUAGUGGGGUCCUCACAAAAUGCCACUGCCACUUCUCACAGCUCCAACUCCAAUGCUACAACACCUAAAAGCUUAGCCACAAUCUCUUCUCACCAAGAUGCUAGCUUCAAACAGUCUUUACCUGGUCAUGUUCGUGCACCUGCAGUGUUCAAGUGUCACAGAGUCUCUGCCAUUGGGAAUGGUGAAGAUGAGUUUGCCUACUUGGCAACGGUGCACAUCAGUGGCCAUGUCUUCAAAGGGUUUCUCUAUGACCAUGGAGUUGAUGGGAAAAUUGCAAAUGCAGUGCCUUGUGUUUCGGAACUGCAGCUGGGAAACAAUUGCAGUGGCAAGAACAGAGAAUGUUCUUCUGCAAUUGGACUUCCAAAUAACAAUGCAUACCCUGCUUCUGCCACCUGAACAUUGUUAGCAACUUGGUUCAUUCUUCUUCAGAGGUGAUGAUGGAUGAGUUUGAUGAGAGAAAAGGAAGUUGAUUUUGCUAAUUUUCUGGGAAAAGGUCUUAAUUAUGUAAAUUUAUCUUCCAAAUUUGGUGUACCAGAUUAGGGACAUUGUUGCUGAGGAA